CACCAGCACCACUCCCUUAUCCGCUGGGCCUAGCAUGAAUUUGUUCGUAACCGUUUAUAUUCCUGCCAGCCUGAUCCCUGCACUAGAACUGAGAGCUUCUCAACUCAUCCGUUAAUGGAGGCCAUAGUCAGGGCAGGUGUAUCUUCCUCGGCGCCGGCGCAGCUACGCCCGUGCCCGAUGCCGUGCCGCAACCGCUGCCUACCGUCCUCCGUGCGCCGUCCCGGACGCCGGGGAGUUGCCUGCUCGGCCUCGGCGGCCGACGCCGACGUCGUCGAUCUCUUCGAUGCCGCCAAGCUCACGGUGGACAGGUUCGUGCAGAGCGGCAUGGUGGUCGGGCUAGGCUCCGGCCCGGCGUCCGCCCUGGCGGUCCAGUACCUCGGCACGCGCCUCCGCCGGGGAUCUCUCACCGACAUCGUCGCAGUAACCUCGUCCGUGCUCAGUGCGAGCGAGGCAGACAAGGCCGGAAUACGGGCUAGCAGCUAUCAGGAAGGAACCCAAAUUGAUUUUGCUUUCACUGAUGCUGAAGUAAUCGAAGAGGGCACGCUGGCUGCCGUCAUCGGGCGGCGCAAGACUGAGAGUGGAGAGCCCUCUUUCAUGGUGGAGAAGGCAAUGGUUAAAUCAGCUGAUAAACUUGCCUUCAUCACUGGAAAUGACAAAUACCUGACAGGUGUCGAGGGUUCCAUUCCAGUCAUAGUUAAAAGUGGAAAUUGGAUAGACACUGCUGAAGAGAUCGACGAUUUGUUCCUAGGGGAUGCAGAGGUUUGGAGGAGGCCAUCAUUUGGGACUGCCGGUCCACUAGGGGGUGAUCACCCAUUGGUCACUAAGGAGGGUCAUCACGUUCUUGAUGUGAUCUUUACGACUCCAAUCCCAGAUCUAGGUCAGGUAGCAGAGAAGUUGGACAAAGUUGCUGGCGUUGUGGAUCAUGGGAUUAUUUGUAGCAACCAAUCGUAUGCGGUGAUUGCAUCCAAGGGGGAAGUGCAGGUUAUUGAGGAGAAACCCUCGGUGAUACCGUAGCGCUGCAGAAAUCUUCCAGUUGCCUGCAGAGGCGCCAUUUUUCUCCACACAUUCCGGAUAAGAGUACUUCCAGGUUGGCUGGAAAAUGCCCGAGAGUUAAAUAAUAUAGUAGCACCAAAUGUAAUCUCUUCAGUAUCCAACACUCUAUGCACCAGUAUGCAAAACCUUCCACUUCGUGUGCAAUGAAGAUCAACAAAUCUGCAGUCACAGACUGUUAACAUGCCGAAAA